AUGGCAUAUGAGGCCAUGAGAGAGCAACAUAUCAACAGUUAUAAUGACGCCAGCAACAGUUAUAAUGAUGCCAGCAACUGUUAUAAUGACGCCAGCAACUGUUAUAAUGAUGCUAGCAACAGUUAUAAUGACGCCAGCAACAGUUAUAAUGAUGCCAGCAACUGUUAUAAUGACGCCAGCAACUGUUAUAAUGAUGCUAGCAACAGUUAUAAUGACGCCAGCAACAGUUAUAAUGAUGCCAGCAACUGUUAUAAUGACGCCAGCAACUGUUAUAAUGAUGCUAGCAACUGUUAUAAUGACGCCAGCAACAGUUAUAAUGACGCCAGCAACUGUUAUAAUGACGCCAGCAACUGUUAUAAUGACGCUAGCAACAGUUAUAAUGACGCGAGCAACUGUUAUAAUGAUGCUAGCAACUGUUAUAAUGACGCCAGCAACUGUUAUAAUGAUGCUAGCAACUGUUAUAAUGACGCCAGCAACUGUUAUAAUGACGCUAGCAACAGUUAUAAUGACGCCAGCAACUGUUAUAAUGACGCUAGCAACAGUUAUAAUGACGCGAGCAACUGUUAUAAUGAUGCUAGCAACUGUUAUAAUGACGCCAGCAACAGUUAUAAUGAUGCCAGCAACUGUUAUAAUGACGCCAGCAACUAUUAUAAUGACGCCAGCAACAGUUAUAAUGACGCCAGCAACUGUUAUAAUGACGCCAGCAACUGUUAUAAUGACGCCAGCAACUGUUAUAAUGACGCCAGCAACUGUUAUAAUGAUGCUAGCAACAGUUAUAAUGACGCCAGCAACUGUCAUAAUGACGCCAGCAACUGUUAUAAUGACGCCAGCAACUGUUAUAAUGACGCCAGCAACUGUCAUAAUGACGCCAGCAACUGUUAUAAUGACGCCAGCAACUGUUAUAAUGAUGCUAGCAACAGUUAUAAUGACGCCAGCAACUGUUAUAAUGAUGCUAGCAACUGUUAUAAUGACGCCAGCAACAGUUAUAAUGACGCCAGCAACUGUUAUAAUGAUGCUAGCAACUGUUAUAAUGACGCCAGCAACAGUUAUAAUGACGCCAGCAACAGUUAUAAUGACGCCAGCAACAGUUAUAAUGACGCUAGCAACAGUUAUAAUGAUGCUAGCAACUGUUAUAAUGACGCCAGCAACAGUUAUAAUGACGCCAGCAACAGUUAUAAUGACGCUAGCAACAGUUAUAAUGAUGCUAGCAACUGUUAUAAUGAUGCUAGCAACUGUUAUAAUGAUGCUAGCAACUGUUAUAAUGAUGCUAGCAACAGUUAUAAUGAUGCUAGCAACAGUUAUAAUGACGCCAGCAACUGUUAUAAUGACGCCAGCAACAGUUAUAAUGACGCCAGCAACUGUUAUAAUGAUGCUAGCAACUGUUAUAAUGAUGCUAGCAACAGAUAUAAUGAUGCUUGCAACUGUUAUAAUGAUGCUAGCAACAGGUAUAAUGAUGCUAGCAACAGAUAUAAUGAUGCUAGCAACAGUUAUAAUGAUGCUAGCAACUGUUAUAAUGAUGCUAGCAACUGUUAUAAUGAUGCUAGCAACUGUUAUAAUGAUGCUAGCAACUGUUAUAAUGAUGCUAGCAACAGAUAUAAUGAUGCUAGCAACUGUUAUAAUGAUGCUAGCAACAGAUAUAAUGAUGCUAACAACUGUUAUAAUGAUGCUAGCAACAGAUAUAAUGAUGCUAGCAACUGUUAUAAUGAUGCUAGCAACAGAUAUAAUGAUGCUAGCAACUGUUAUAAUGAUGCUAGCAACUGUUAUAAUGAUGCUAGCAACAGAUAUAAUGACGCUAGCAACUGUUAUAAUGAUGCUAGCAACAGAUAUAAUGAUGCUAGCAACAGAUAUAAUGAUGCUAGCAACAGUUAUAAUGAUGCUAGCAACUGUUAUAAUGAUGCUAGCAACAGAUAUAAUGACGCUAGCAACUGUUAUAAUGACGCUAGCAACUGUUAUAAUGAUGCUAGCAACUGUUAUAAUGAUGCUAGCAACAGAUAUAAUGAUGCUAGCAACAGUUAUAAUGAUGCUAGCAACUGUUAUAAUGAUGCUAGCAACUGUUAUAAUGAUGCUAGCAACUGUUAUAAUGAUGCUAGCAACUGUUAUAAUGAUGCUAGCAACAGAUAUAAUGAUGCUAGCAACUGUUAUAAUGAUGCUAGCAACAGAUAUAAUGAUGCUAGCAACUGUUAUAAUGAUGCUAGCAACAGAUAUAAUGAUGCUAGCAACUGUUAUAAUGAUGCUAGCAACAGAUAUAAUGAUGCUAGCAACUGUUAUAAUGAUGCUAGCAACUGUUAUAAUGAUGCUAGCAACAGAUAUAAUGACGCUAGCAACUGUUAUAAUGAUGCUAGCAACAGAUAUAAUGAUGCUAGCAACUGUUAUAAUGAUGCUAGCAACUGUUAUAAUGAUGCUAGCAACUGUUAUAAUGAUGCUAGCAACAGAUAUAAUGAUGCCAGCAACUGUUAUAAUGAUGCUAGCAACAGAUAUAAUGAUGCCAGCAACUGUUAUAAUGACGCCAGCAACAGUUAUAUAAUUAAAUAA